UGUUGAUCCGCACGUUGGCAUGGCUGGGGUGCAGCGCGUCCGCGUCGAGUUCGUGGAAGAGGUCGCGACCGAUGUGAUGGUUGAAUGGGGGUUUUCCCGUGUGGUUGUUUCAAUCGACGAGUCAAUGAAGCAUGUGAGUGAUUUGCUCCAUGGAAUUGUCCGGCGGUUUGGGCUGUCGAAUCGUGGGUACGACUUGCUCUUGGGAGAUUUUGCCAUCUUACCGAGUGAAAAGAUUGAGCGCAUUCUUCAAACCGACGACGUUCUGUCCCUUCGAGCGUCUUCUGCGCACCCAGCGAGGCUGCUUGUGACGUCGUCAAAGGUCGACAAAAAGCAUGGUAAAAAGCAAAAGCGGCCACGAGAAAAGGUGAAAGUUGCUCCAGCAGUCGCUGCUCCCGCCAAGUCAAAGGUGAAACGCCACAACGAAUGCGAAUCGAAGCGAACAAUCGAACUGCCAAAGGUCGCUGCGUCCAAGAAAACCGAAACUUCGAGAAGUGUCCAUGCUAGUGGGGUCAUCAAGAAGCGGACGUGUUCAUCAGAGUCAAGUGGGCGAGAACGCAGGCGAAAGCGGUCGCGAAAAGUGGAUACCGUCGAGAUGGCGAUUUCACCACCAGUGCAGCCACAUAUUGCCCCAUCCGUUGCAACUCCUCCUCGUCAAAUGCGGAAAGGUCAUGUUCGAUUCGACGAGGUGGAGUCCGCGCAGGAAAAACAAGUUAAGCCGACCAAUGCGGUCACCACUUUCGAGGCGCCCAUGACGCGAGGGUCGUCUACUGCCCCAACCGAAAAAUCGACUUCAUCUGUGUUGCGAGCAAGUCGUCCAAGAGCGAUCCCUGUGAAGCUUCAGAAAUAUGGACCUCGGCAAGGAGCCACGCGACGAGGUUUUGCGCCAGCUCCGCCGCUUCCUGUUUCCGGUCGCAUCGUUGAUGAAAACGUGCGCUCGCAACCUGUUCAGCCUCCUGCCCCGUCAGCCAAGAACGGUCCUUCGUCCGUGGUUGACCCAGUGAAAUUACCCAAACCGACGGUGCAUUUGGAUUCAAGCAAUGAAGUGUGGAAGCGUCCGUACACAGUCAUUGCGUCAGUCAAGCAUGACGGUGGCUCAAGCAAAGCCAAGGACACGCACAAGGAUUUCAACAUGGACAGCUAUCCUGUUAAGGAUAUGUCAGCCAUUGUAGAGAACGACGUCAUCGCAUUCAAGACCAUCACGUUGUGCCAAGUGCGUUUCGAGCCGAUUGUGUCUGAGUGGAAGGUCGGGAAGGUGCUGAGCCACACAGCCAACGAUGUGUCGGUUCAAUUGUGCCGUCAUGUCUACGUCGAGAGCGAUAUCGCGUGGCAACCCGACGAUGAAGUCUGUGCGUUCAACGUGGUGGAUUUUGCUGAGAUUCGAGUGAUCAAGACAUCCACUGCCAAGAUCCCCGUCGACGUAUCUGUUGGGGAACAAGUUGAGCCGGAUGUUGAGGAAGACGAUGCACAAGACUUAUUGGAGGCGCUGCGCCGCCGCAAGGAAGAACUCUUGGUCAAAGCAUCGCUGUGAUCCGUCAACUCCGCGGUGUUUUCGCAUGUUCAUUCUCGACAACGAAGAACCGUGCAACUUCAUUCUUGGCACCUCUGCACCCAUUUGUUCCAGUUGCGUUCCAAUCUUGACAAUUGCCACGCAUAGAUUAAAAGACGGCUGCAGAGACUAGGAUGGCCUGAAGGAGCUGGGACGCAAUCUCUUGGAUGAGGAUUUGGUUGUUUUCUUGGGCCAAAGCGUGAAUAAUUGGGUGGAUGUUGUACUCGACCA